AUCCAAAAUAACCAAAUCCACCCAAAAUACGUAAAAUGUAAAGUAUAAAUCCAAGAAAAUAAUAUAUUGUCUACCAACCCUACAGUCCUAUGAUAUUGAUCCCACAUUGCUGAUUAGCGGCGACGGCAACCCAAAGCAUUAAGCAGAGAAAAGGGUUUUUACAGAGCACUUUAAGGUCCAUCAAUGGCGUCGAGAUUGGUUUGGGCUUCAAGAGUUGCUUCGUAUCUCAGGAUCUCAAUACCCCAUAGAGGGUUUGCUUCUGUUGUUAAGGACUUGAAGUAUGCUACCUCUCAUGAAUGGGUGAAAGUAGAAGGGGAUAAAGCAACGAUUGGCAUAACUGAUCAUGCUCAAGAUCAUUUGGGUGAUGUUGUCUAUGUUGAAUUACCAGAGGUUGGAACCUCUGUCAAACAGGAUGGGAGUUUCGGUGCAGUAGAAAGUGUCAAAGCUACCAGUGAUAUCAACUCGCCUGUGUCGGGGAAAAUCGUUGAGGUCAACGACGAGCUCAGUAGUUCCCCUGCUCUGGUGAACUCAAGCCCAUAUGAGAAUGGAUGGAUAAUCAAGGUGGAGGUUAGUGACAGUAAUGAACUGAAGAAUUUGAUGGACUCCGAGCAGUACACCAAGUUCUGUGAAGAAGAAGAUCAUUGAAGAUAUCAGCAGCCUUAUCAGAUCAGUUGCUUUUCCUUCCUUUUCUUUCCUUUGUGUAAGACUCACAAAAAUGGUGGAAAUUUUCCCACUGAUAUCAAUAAUUUGAUCCAUUUGAAACUGCAUUCUGUAAUAUUUUCUGUUUUGGCUAGUCUGGCUCAGUUCGACUAA